AUGGGUAAGUACAUGAAGAAAUCCAAAGUCACAAGCGACGUUGUUGCAGUGAUGGAGGUUACUUCUGGUGUCUGCACUAGAGCCAAAACCCUUGCCUUACAGCGACUCAGGUCUCUUGCUUCUCCUAACCCAGAUGCUACUUCCACCUGUUACCUCCAGCUAAGGAGCCGCCGCCUUGAAAAAACAGCGCCUGAAACCAAAAAAACACCAACCAAGGAGAAGGGCGUCAAUUUCAACUGCAAGGGGGCUUCUAGGCUGAGAAUGAAUUCGUCGGCGACGACUGGUGAUACUGAAUGUGAAACAGAGGAUUUUGAUGCUGUAAAAGAGGCUUCUUUUGGAGAUAACUGUUUCGAUUUCGACAGGUACAACUUUGAUAUUGUGAAUGACUUGCCCCUUUCUGGACGCUAUGAAUGGGUCCAAGUCCUGCUAAGUGAAUUGAAGCCAUGGAAGAUGUUUCAUCCAAAGAUCUGCAACAUAACAGAGCUGAUGAGUUACAAAUUAACAUCGAAUCAGAAUCCUUCAUUUAAGUGGAAAAUGCUUGGGACACAUUUGAAGGAGAAUAGUUUUGAUGGUGAUGUCUCUUUAUCUCCAAAUCUAAGAUGUGCUCAUGGUGGUGGUGUUGGUCAAAGUGAACUUGGACUAUUGUACUGGCUGGUUCAAUCGUACAACUUGUUUGGUGAUGGUAAUGAUGGUAGCGUUCAUGCUCUCUUGGACUGUUCUGCAGAAUCCUACUUCAGGCUUCAGACCCUUAUUCGAGUUAUGCCCUAUUCACAUGGGACCUUGUACGGGGUUCUGCAAAGAUUACCUCACCCGUUGCUCUAUGUUCAACAUAGAUUUGAUGAUCUCCUCGACUCCUCUCCCUUUCUCAUAUUCUUUUCUGUUCAUAAUUUUGCAUUUUUUUCAACUACCUUGUUGAAGACUGGAGGUUGUAGGCAGGCAGGUUAUUCAACCGGUUUGCAAGUUGCUUUUGCUUUGACAAGAAGAAAUGCCGCCCAAGAUUGGCCGAUUUAG